AAACAGAAUUCAAAUAUUAUUUACAAUGGCCAGCAACAAGGUGUUUGUAUCCACCCAGGAUGAGGAAAUAUUCGAAGAUGUUUAUAUUACCGCCACACCAGGAGACCUUCGUUCUCUUGCUCCGAUAGAUAAAAGAAAUGAAAAGGAGCCUGCCGAAAACAAUGUCAUGGUAAUGGAAGAGAAAAUGACUAACCAACUGAAAUUCAACUCCAACAAAAACGAUGACAAGGAUGUGUUUGUAUCCAUUCAGGAUGAGGAAGAACCCGAAGAUAUUUGCAUAAAGGCUCUUUCAGUAAAAUGUUGCAACGUUACAGCCAUGGAUAAACGAAAUGAUAAAAAGCCUACAAUGGAUGUGAUUGUAGUCGAACAUCAAAUGACGAAUCAAUCGAAAGUCAAUCAAACUGAGUCCAUCAAUCAAAGUGAUAGCGAUCUAACCGAUGACCAAAAUUAUGCGGCAAAUAAAAAUACAGCCGAAGGCCUGAUGGAUAUAGCUCUGCUCUCAGCUAAUGCCAAUCAAUUGCGUUUUCUGAUUACCUACACUCAUGACGCAAGCACUUUCUAUUUUAGUUUAACUCUGGUGGUAAUGUCCUUGGUACUACAAUUAAUUGUUGGCACAAUGCUCAUCUUUAAGAGACGCCAGCUGCGUAAUCGAAGUCGACAUUGUGCCAGGACCAAUGAGUUUUUGGUAAUGGGCAUUUUUAUGAUAACCGUUAUCAAUGUUCUAUUGGCUGCCUUCACUGCCGCUGCGAAUCCUUGA